AAGACAACGGUGAUGUGAUAGGAAGGUGGAAACCAAACCCGUGUUUUAUUUCGUAACUUUAUUAAAGUCAUCAAUUAUUGAAUGUGAAUGUGAACAAUAAUUUGAGAUAUGCGCGACAAUAUAAGUUAACCAAAAUGUUUCGAUGUAUACCGAUUUUUAAGGGUUGUAAUCGACAAGUCGAAUAUGUUGAUAAGAGACAUUGUUCCCUUCCGAACGUACCUGAGGAUAUUUUGCGGUAUUCACGCAGUUUGGAGGAGCUUUUACUCGAUGCCAACCACAUUAGAGAUCUUCCAAAGAACUUUUUUCGACUUCAUCGUUUAAGAAAAUUGGGAUUAAGUGAUAAUGAAAUACAUAGGCUGCCUCCUGAUAUACAAAAUUUUGAACAUCUCGUCGAAUUAGAUGUUUCUAGAAAUGAUAUUCCGGAUAUACCCGAAAGUAUCGGGCAGCUGCGCUUAUUGCGCGUCGCCGACUUUAGCUCAAAUCCGAUCGCUCGUCUUCCGCCCGCAUUCUCCCAACUGAAGAAUCUGACCGUGCUAGGACUUAACGACAUGUCGCUGACCAGUUUGCCAACCGAUUUCGGCGGUCUGUCGUCGUUGACGUCGCUCGAGCUUAGAGAAAAUUUGCUCAAGGAAUUACCGCCAUCGCUGAGCCAAUUGACCAAUCUGGAAAGGCUCGAUCUAGGGGACAAUGAAAUCGAGGAACUGCCCCCGCACAUUGGUAAACUGCCUGCACUGCAGGAAUUAUGGCUUGACCAUAAUCAGCUUCAGUCACUGCCUUCGGAGAUUGGUCAGUUAAGUAAUCUGACGUGUCUGGAUCUGAGCGAGAACCGUUUGGAAUAUUUGCCAGACGAUGUCGCAGGCCUCGAAAGUCUUACCGAUUUGCAUUUGUCGCAGAAUGUCCUGGAGACGCUACCCGAUGGCAUCGGAAAGUUAGAGAAACUUACAAUCCUGAAGGUGGACCAAAACAGGCUCACUUCACUUAACCCCAACAUUGGCUGUUGUUACAAUUUGCAAGAGCUUAUUCUCACUGAGAAUUUUUUAAGCGAGCUGCCUAGCGAAAUUGGUAAAUUAGUGAGGCUCACCAAUUUAAAUGUAGAUAGGAACAGUUUGACCAAUGUACCUGACGAAAUUGGUAACCUGUGCGAAUUAGGGGUAUUAAGUUUGCGAGACAAUAGACUGACUAUAUUGCCCGAAACAUUGGGUGACUGCAAAAGGUUACACGUUUUGGACGUGUCGGGGAAUAGACUACCAUAUCUACCCUACACGCUUUUGCAACUUAGGCUUAAGGCAGUCUGGUUGAGCGAGAACCAGGCCCAGCCGAUGUUGACAUUUCAGACUGAUAUCGAUUCGUACACGGGAAAAACGGUUCUCACUUGUUUUCUGUUGCCUCAGCAGGAAUAUCAACCGACUAUUACUUCCGAUGGCCGUUUAUAUCGGUGCGAUGUCAGCGCGGGCCUUAGUAACGGAACUUUGUCCCGGUAUACAGCUUCCACGAAGAGCACCCAAGACGACACCAGUUCGGAGAAAGAUUGGCAAGAACAGGAAGCCAACAGGACGCAUAGCGUCAAGUUCAGCGAUCCGCAGGAACAGGAGAACAAAGAGACUCCGUUCGUGAGACAAAACACCCCCCAUCCACGCGAACUCAAAGCCAAGGCGCACAAGCUAUUCGGCAAAGCGAGUCCCGGGAGUGGUUGCGUUCAAAAUUCCAUCGAAGAGUCAGACACCAAUACGCUCCAACGCGAUGGUUCGAUUAAUGCGACGUUAUCCAACUAUACAUCGAUGACAAUUGAAGCUGUCAACCCCCACGUGUUAAGCCCAGAAUUGUCCAAUGUUCCAAAAAUUGUGCCGGAUCCGCAAACGGAAGUCAUUGGUAACGGUCACGGUGGGAGCAGCGAGCCUAGCCAAGAUGAGGAUAGUGAUGACGAGCACGUCGUGGAGCGGCGCGUCGGAUUCGUCGGUGACGUGAACGAACUGGACGCGCAGCAGGACGACGCUCCUAAUUAUAGUAAAGAGGGGCGGCAGACGCGUCUCCAUCGACGCGACACCCCGCACCACCUCAAAAAUAAACGUGUGACCACGCCCAUGGACAAGAACAAGGUCGCCAUCAUUAUCGCGCAGGCUUUGAAGAAGAAGAGCGACAACAGCGAAUCGGACCGAUUGAGCACUUCAACGCCCCCGGGAUCGGUAGGGGAUAGGAGUUCCGCUACUAGUCAAGCUGGCGAUUCGAUAUUGAGCGAGCCUGCUGUGGAACUACGGCAGGAAAAGUACGAGAUCCACAUCGAAAAAUCGAAUGCUGGUCUCGGUCUUUCAAUAGCCGGAGGGCGCGGAUCAACCCCGUUUAAAGGCGACGACGAAGGCAUCUUCAUCUCUCGAAUAACCGAUGCCGGUCCAGCCGAUUUGGCGGGCCUCAAAGUUGGCGAUAAGGUGCUCAAAGUAAACGGGGUCGACGUCACUGACGUGUCCCAUUACGAUGCAGUUGAAAUUCUGAAGGCUUCAGGAAACGUGUUGAUCUUGGAGGUAUUGCGCGAAGUGACUCGGUUGGUGGUGCGACCCCAAGAAGAUCUGAUAAUAGCAAAUAAACCCGAUACUUAUCAUGUUACACCCCCACCAUCGCUGCCACCUGCCAAGAGGGACGAGGAUAUGAAAAAAGUCUUGGUCCACACCACCCUGAUACGUGAUUCCAGAGGUUUGGGUUUCAGUAUAGCGGGGGGCAAGGGCAGUCAGCCAUUUAAGGCCGAUUCCGACGCAAUUUUUGUCUCUCGCAUAACCGAUGGGGGUGUGGCGCAUCGUGAUGGUAAACUGGCCCUCGGCGAUCGCGUUGUGUCGAUCAACGGGGUCGAGUUAAGUGGCGCGUCUCAUCAGCAGGCAGUCAAUUUGCUGACAGGUCUGGAACGAUUCGUUCGUCUCACAGUGGAACGCGACGUUCCCGUGGAUGAUCCUCUACCUCCAGGUGCCUCACCCUCUCCCGGACCCCAGCAAAGUCCCAAACUGUUUGGAGUCCCAAAACCGUAUACUGGCUUGUAUAAUGCCAACAGUCAGGUGGCCAAUAAGCAGGUACUUCCUGGGUACAGAAGAUCGUCUGAAUCAGACAGUAAAAAAUGCGAAUCUCUUGAACCAACCAAAAUGUCGAUGUGCCAACAACAACAAAUUCCCCUUGCCGCUGGCAAUCCUCCAGUGGCCCCCACAGCCAACGGCAUUGAUUCCGAAGCGACGACGCCGACGAGCCAUCAUCACGAUCCCCCCAGACCCGCCCCCCGCCGGCUCGGCAGCACUGGCAGCGGCUCCUCGGGAACCGAACAACCGCCACCACCUCCCCGACAACACGUUAAAGCGACGACCACGUCUUCGAUCGAAAGCAGCGACGAACAGGUAUUGCCGAGGCCCAUCACCAACGAAGAUUUCCAGGCCAUGAUCCCCGCCCACUUCCUAAAUAAUAAAAAUAACCCCCCCUCCGCCGCCGCGAUCGACUCGACGUCGUCGGUGACUACCGUAACGAUUCGCAAACCGGAAACGAUGAUCGAGCUGCCCCCGUCGCCGAAGGGCCCCGGUCGGGUGACGGAGACCAUCACCAAAAGCACGUUUACGGAAACGGUUGUGACGCGCAUCACAGACAAUCAGUUGGUGGCUCCCCUAAUCAUUGAGGACGUAGUUCUUAGUAAGGAACUAGGAUCCCUUGGGUUCAGCAUUAUCGGCGGCACCGAUCAUUCCAGUACUCCAUUCGGCAAUAAGGAGCCCGGGGUAUUUAUCUCUCAUAUGGUACCAGGUGGUACGGCCGCCAGCUGCGGCAAGCUCCGUGUGGGAGAUCGAAUCCUCAAAGUAAACGGAACGGAUGUUACUCAAGCCACUCAUCAGGAGGCGGUUAUGGAGUUGAUUCGACCAGGAAGUGAUACAAUCACGCUGACUGUGCGCCACGAUCCGUUACCCGAUUCGUAUCAGCAAAUGGUAGUCACUUACUUAAAAACGAUGGAAUUGACUAUCGAAAAGGGCGAAAUGGAAAAACUCGGAAUACAUAUCAAGGGCGGGCUGCAGGGUCAAAGAGGCAAUCCGCUGGACCGAUCUGACGAGGGUGUAUUCGUGUCAAAGAUCAACAGUGUGGGGGCGGCGCGUCGUGACGGUCGCUUGAAAGCGGGUAUGCGCUUGCUGGAGGUAAACGGCAAGUCGCUUUUGGGAGCUACGCAUCAGGAGGCGGUCAACGCGCUCAGAAACUGCGGCGACAAGAUCCGCCUGGUCGUGUGCAAAGGUUAUGACAGAUUGGAUCUGGAUAGGGCGGUGGCCGAAGGACGGCUGGAUAGAGGCGGUUCGAUCAGUAGCCGGUCGCAGAGCGUCAGCAGUUUAGACGUCCCUCCCGACGAAGAAGUAUUGCAGGAGAAUAAGUUUAAAUCGGAAGUGGUCCAGUUCGAAAAGGAGGAAGCCGAAAAACGAAUACAAUGCAUUUCCGAUUUGAAUGACAUUUCAUUGGUCGAGGAAAAACAAACCACUUCUGCCGAGAAGGUUUUAGACGUGGUACACGCCGUAGAAACACUCGCCAAAGGACCGCAAGAGAAUCACGCGCCUCCCAAAUCUCCCGGCGGAUCAAAUUCGGAAUUGAAAACCACGACGAUUGUGAUGAGCAAACACACCCUCGCGGCGCAGCCCUUAACCGCAUCAUCGGAGACCCUCCCGAAAUUUAUCAGACCAAAUAUCGAAGUCGGUACAGGGACACUUCAAUCGAAACCGGCACAUCGAAUUGAGACCACAAGUAUCGAUCAAGUUGGUAUUCAAUCGAAGCUCGAGCCACCAGAUUUUACUUUAGAGGAUCUUUUACUAAACUCCAAAUCGUGUAACGAUGAAGUAAUACCUCCCCCUUCGGACUACAUCUCCGUCCCCAUUCAAUCCCAAUUUCUGACAGCAAAUAAUAGACAUUCAAUGUCCACUGUCGGUCUAACCCAACCGACCCAGCUAGAAAUUAAUAUUUACAAUUCGCUGCCUCCGUUAGCCGAGGUAACUGCGCCUCUAAAAGAAGAGGACAUAAUAAAAAUUCCUCCACCGCCUCCGUUGUCGGAUCCCCCUCGACUCAUACCUCAUCCCGUGCUCGCCAAAAAGCCGGCAAUGUUGAAAACGUUUCGUAGAGAAGAUAGGCUCGUUAAUUGCGAUCCUGUACAUUUCGAUUCUCUGAAAACGAGUUUCCUAAAUGACGACUCGUCAAUGUCGCGUUACGGAAAUUCGCCGUAUCGGGUUUUCAAGCCACCUCAGUCUCCACGAAGCAAUGACGUUAAACAAACUGUUAGCGACAAGAAGAAGUUCUUCGAAAAUGCAAUGGAAGAGAGCCAAAAGCCAACCAAACAAGUAAAGGUGUUUAGUUAUCUAAGCGCUGACGAAUUGCAAAAAUUAAAGGCCGAAGAGGAUAAAAAGAUUGCUAACUUGUCCACCGCCGAGUUGAGUUCGUUACAGAGCUUAAGUUAUUCCGAUUCAGAAUCUGUGGACUCUCAACCAACGAGAUCAUCGAGCACCAUGAGUACCGUACGGACAGCGAAAGCUGAGCGACGAUUCCGCCAACGCAUGCGCGAGGAGGGUCUUUUGACGGAUGAAGAUGAGAGUGGACUGUCUCCGGCCGAAGAAAGAACGUUGAGGGCCGAGAAGAGGGCCGCGUGGCGUGCCGCCCGGUUAAAGUCUUUAGAGCAAGACGCGAUGCAGGCCCAAAUAGUCAUCAAGUCGAUGGUCGAUAUGGUGGGAGCCAGCGACGUUUCUGCUACUCCCGAGGUCGAGGGAAGUGAAGAUUUGAAGGACGAGAAUCGGAGUGGUGAGCCGGCCUCGGAAACUAACAGCAUGACAGUGUUACGACCGUCUUCUGCCGAUUUCCCGAAGUUGGCGGUGCGCGCCAAAUCGGGUGCGCGUACCGUCAGAGAAAGCGAGAAGGUUCUCGGCGAAACGGUGACCAGGAAAACGGAGGAGUUCGUGGACGAGGCGACGGGGGAACGUCGCGUGCGCACCGUCGAAUACGUCGAGAAACUGAUCGAACGCGAGGUCGAAAUGUUGGAAGAAAAGAUUAUAUCCUUGGAGUUGACAAAUCCGGAGACAACGGAGUUGGUCGACAACAGCUACCAAGACGAAGAGAAAGACGAAUAUGACGGGGAAACCACUUCCGAGU